AUGAAGGCGAUCCUCACAGGGAUUAAUCCAAGCUUGUAUCUCCCUGGCUACUUCGACUCUACGACACUCGUGACAAAGAUCCUGGGUCUUAGUUGCUCGGUGGGUGCAGGUCUCGUUGUAGGCACGGAAGGUUGCAACGUGCACAUCAUGUCCAUCGUGACACACCAUCUUCUCCGACUGCCAUUUUACAGUGGCUUUAGUUCUCAUCUCAACGGCCGAAUCCAGCUCCUGGCAGCAGCAUGUGCAGUGGGUGUGUCAUCCCUGUUUUCCUCUCCAAUCGGUGGCGUGUUGUUCUCAAUGGAAGUCACCGCGACGUACUACCUCAUGUCGAACUACGUCAAGGCGUUCAUCAGUGCAGUGUCUGGAGCUGUGAUGCUUCGGAUGACGUUGGUUCUAGUGGAGAGUACUUCCAAGCAAGCGACCACAGCAAUUCUAGCCACGUCGUUCGGCGGGCACCCCUUCUCCAUCUGGGAGAUCCCAUUGUACAUGUUGAUGGGAGUGAUUCUGGGACUCAUGAGCACUGCGAUGAUCAAGUUACUACGAGUCAUUGCUGAGACUCGGAGAGAUUUACGCAAAUCCUCACACACCUGGAAGAGAGUUCUUGUCGAGUGGGUCGAUCCUUUCAUCGUCGCCGUUCUGUGUGGAACUCUGACUUACGCCCCGGGUGAGUUCGCCCGCAGCACGACGAUUUACACACUCUCAACGUUGUUCACGGAAUCGGAUCUCCCAGACUCGUUCACCAAGUUCUCCAAGUACUACACGCUCUCCGUUCUACCAGUCAUUUUCAUAUUCCUUAUGCCAGUGUGUAUUUCGCUCAAGAUGCCUACUGGCGUCUGGGUUCCCACGUUUAUCGGCGGUGCUGCUUUCGGUCGACUUUUUGGUGAGUCGUUGUCAGCGUUAUUCCCCAGUGUCGGGGCUAUCCCUGGCGCGUAUGCCCUUGCGGGCGCUGCUGCGUUUGGGGGCGCUGCCACGAAAGCUGUUUCUGUUGCUGUAAUCACUGUCGAAAUUACAGGUGAAAUGUCGUUGAUUCUCCCAAUCUUCUGUGCAGUGUUGGCCGCAACAGCAACGUCAAGCCUGUUCAAGGAAAAGUCAGUCUACGAUACACUGCUGAUAGUAAGCGGCACUCCAUUUCUCCCGAUGAUGGACUUUGAACCAGAUGCUUGUGCUGGAGAUAUCGUUGAAGUCUUCACAGUGUACAUCACGAAGAAAACAACAGUGGCAAGGCUACUACUGGCACUUCAUCGGCUGCCAAACCAGGACAUUCCUGUCGUUCAAGAUGAAAAAUCAAUGAUCCUGUUGGGAGUUGUCAGCUCCAUGCAUCUCAAAAAGUAUGUACGGGCGUAUUAUGCUGCGAACGGGCUUGACGAAGUGGAGCAGGAUCUCGGUGAAGAGCCCAAAUUAUCGUCGUCAGGUUUCUCUUGGACUACUAUGAUCGACGGCAUCAGAAGCAACCGGGUUGGAGGACUGAAUGGGAAUAGGUCGGUCGACGGGACGUACAGCGCGCUUACUUCGGCAGCUAAUCAUCUGGACGGCAGUGCUCGAACCCCGUUCCUGAUGAACGACGAGAAGAUGCUCAACUUGCUGAGUGAUGGAUGGUCCGCGUUCAAGAGAGCUAAAUUAAAUGACAGGGUCCAAAUCACGGAAGGGAAUACCUGCGUUAUCCAGCCUAUUGGCAUGACCAUCUCGAGCAGCACAUCUCUGGGUGACGUUCACAUGCUGUUCACUAUGCUGCGUUGUGACCACUGCUUUGUGUGCAACCGUGGCGCACUCGAGGGUGUUGUGACCAUGAAGGGCUUGCUGCAGUCCGGAAAAACUUACUGCAGCAGCUAG